AUGGAGGAUGAGAGCGGCGGGGACAGACACAGGGGGAUGCGGGGAGUGGGGCUGGAGGAUGCGGGAACCGAGGAUGGAGGAUUCGGGAACCGGGAAUUGAAAAUUCGGGAACCUGGGCUGGAGGACGCAGGAAACCGGGGAUGGAGGAUUCGAGGAUGGAGGAUUCAGGACCGGGGAAUGGAGGAUUCGGUGUCCCAGAUUGACCGCCUGACGUCGGACUUCGCUCUGGACCUGGAGCCGGACGCUUGGACUCCGGCCACGGCCAGCAGCACGUCCAGCAGCGACCGGGGCGGCGCCAGCCUCGAGCUGGGCCCGCUGGACUUCGCCGCCUCCGACGUCCUCUCGGACAGCUGGGAAUUCUGCUCCUUCCUGGACGCCUCCACGCCCUCGGACCCCGGCGAUUGCCCGGAGCCGCCGCGGCCGCCGCCGGCCCGGCUGAUGAACGGGGCGGUCCCCGUGGCCAACGGUCCCCGCGGGGGCGGGGGGACCCCAGAUUCCUCCAGCGAGGAAUGCUUCGGGAGCGCCGCCGUUCCCAAAAUCCCGGCGCAGCAGCGGCCGGCGGGGACGCGGGAGCGCGUCCGCUUCAGCGACAAGGUGCUCUACCACGCCCUGUGCUGCGACGACGACGACGGCGACGCCGACGUUCCCGACGUUCCCGACGAUCCCGACGAUCCCGCCGGGAAGGGGCCUCGGGAGCAGCCCCCGAGGAAGCCGGGCGCGAUCCCGAUCCGCAGGGCCACCAGGAACAGCAGCACCCAGACCGUGGCCGACAAGAGCACGCAGACACUGCUGCCCUACGUCCCGGCCAGGCAGAGAAUUCCCAACAAAAACUGAACCCGGAUCCGGGUUUGGGAAGGGUUUGGGGGAGGGGGAAAAAAUCCCUGGGAAAGGGGCUGGAAAAGAUCUAUAUAUAAAUAUAAAUAUAUAUUUCAAUAAAUCCGUACUCCUCAUAAACGCCGAGUGAGAAGGUGGCAACAAAUAUCCCGAUAUCCCGAUAUCCCCAUGGUUUUCCAGGCUCAAGGAAUUUUAAAUGCCUUUUUUUUUUGAUGGAUAGAAGGAUAUCAAUCAUAUCCUUCAAUAAAUCAUCCAGCACGGAGAAAUCCCGACCGCGACGCGGAUGCGC